CCAACACACGUCCAUCAAUCCACCUGCGGUGAGAGAGAACAUGACGGUCCCGCCUGUGAGCUCUCUGAUCACGGCGCUGAAGCCUCUGUUCGGCAGCCUGUUGUCCAGGGCACGUGGAUCAGCUUUAUGUCAUCGGAGGCACAACUCCACAUACGCUGCACGUCCGAUGAUUCCUCCACCUGCACAAUAUGGAGGGAGGCACACGGUGACACUGAUUCCUGGAGAUGGCAUCGGACCAGAGUUGGCUACCCAUGUUCAGGAGCUUUUUCGCUUCUGUUGUGUUCCGGUGGACUUUGAAGUCGUCCAUGUGGACUCGUCUAUGGCUUCGGAGGAUGACAUCAAUAACGCCAUAAUGGCAAUCAGGCGCAAUGGAGUGGCACUUAAGGGUAAUCUUGAGACCAACCACAACUUACCACCCUCCCACAUAUCCAGAAACAACCUGCUGCGAACCACUUUGGAUCUAUACGCCAACGUGAUGCACUGUCGGUCUCUGCCGGGUGUGCCAACAAGACAUCACAACAUUGACAUCCUGAUCAUCAGGGAGAACACAGAAGGAGAGUAUAGCAGCCUGGAGCACGAGAAUGUCCCAGGAGUGGUAGAAUGCCUGAAGAUCAUCACAAGGAGCAAAUCUUUACGCAUUGCUGACUAUGCCUUCAAAAUGGCUCGUGAGAAAGGACGUGGACAAGUGACAGCCGUGCACAAAGCAAACAUCAUGAAGUUGGGGGAUGGCCUCUUCUUAGAGUGCUGUCAGGAGGUGGCCAGCAGAUACCCUGAAAUAGCAUUUGAUAGCAUGAUUGUUGACAACACCACCAUGCAGCUUGUUUCCAGGCCGCAGCAGUUUGAUGUAAUGCUCAUGCCCAACCUGUACGGCAAUGUGGUGAGCAACGUUUGUGCCGGACUGGUUGGUGGACCAGGUCUUGUGCCUGGAGCCAACUACGGCGAGGACUAUGCUGUGUUUGAAAUGGGAACCAGGAACACUGGGAAAAGCAUUGCCAACCGCAACACAGCAAAUCCGACCGCCAUGCUGCUGGCCUCCUGCCUGCUGCUAGAUCACCUGAAGCUCCAUGCGUACGCCAGCAUGAUCCGCAGAGCCAUCCUCUCCACCGUGACCGAGACUCGGCUGCACACAGAAGACCUGGGGGGCCAAGGCUCCACCUCUGAAGUGGUCCAGUCCAUCAUGAAAACCAUUCAGAGCAAUGGACCGCUCACAGUGAGCAAAUAAAACACACCCAAAAGAUUAGAUAUGUGAAAAAAAUGCUGUACGUAAACUUCCUCAAUGCUUUUGUGUGUAUUAACCAAGAUUUCCAUCAACCUGUAACUUACCUGCUGUUAAACAAUUUCAGUUGAAAAUAAAUAUUUUAA